UUACACCUUUAGUAAAGAAACAAAGUUCACAGCCUGAGGAGGGAGGGUUUAUAUCUGAGCUGAGCCACCCUUUUGCAGCAAGUACACCAACUUGACUCUCCAGUUCACUCAAAUCCCCACCACCAUGCUUGUUUCAGUAUUUCUGCUGUUGCUCUGUGUUUUUUUCAUGAUCCUCCAGCUCAAGCCUCGGAGGCCCAAGAACUUCCCACCAGGACCGCCCGUCCUGCCAAUACUGGGGAACCUCUUGCACCUGAGCUCAGACAACCCUUUGAAAGACUUUGAAAGGCUGAACAAAUCUUACGGAGAUGUGUACAGUUUGUUUAUGGGUCCAAAACCAGCUGUUGUCAUCAAUGGACUGAAGGCCAUGAAGGAGGCAAUUGUGAUCAAAGCUACUGAUUUUGCUGGAAGACCCCAAGAUCUGUUUAUUAAUGAUGUCACCCAGCGAAAAGGAUUGAUCCUAGCAGAUUACGGUUCAAGAUGGAGGGAAUUUCGCCGCUUUGCUCUGAUGACCUUGAGAAACUUUGGCCUCGGGAAAACAUCAAUGGAAGACAGAAUUUAUGACGAGCUUCAAUACACCAUCAAAACAUUGGAAAAGAGCAUUGGUAAAACUCUGACUCCUCAGGUCAUGUUUCACAAUGCAGCCUCCAACAUCAUCUGCCAGGUUCUGUUUGAUACACGAUACGAGUAUGAUGAUGAGAUGAUCAAAGUGAUUGUUCAGUGUUUCACUGAGAAUGCUAAAAUAGUCAAUGGACCAUGGGUUUUGAUGUAUGACUGUUUUCCCAUAGUUCGUAACCUGCCACUACCCUUCAGAAAGGCCUUUAAGAACUUUGAGACCUGUGAUAAUAUUGUAACUCAUUUGGUGAAGGACCACAAGAAGACCAGAGUACCUGGAGAGCCAAGAGACUUUGUCGACUGCUAUCUGGAUGAACUGGAUAAAAGAGGCGAUGAUGAUUCGUUAUUUUCAGAAGAACAGCUCGCUGUAUACGCUCUAGAUCUUCACUUUGCUGGGACUGACACCACCUCCAACACCCUGCUAACUGCUUUUCUUUACCUGAGUAACUACCCACACAUUCAAGAACGAUGUCAGCAGGAGAUAGACCAGGUGUUGGAGGGGAAGGAUCGGGCCAGUUUUGAGGACAGACUCAACAUGCCGUACAUGCAGGCUGUGAUCCAUGAAGUGCAGAGGAUUGCCAACACUGUUCCUCUCAGUGUCUUUCACUGCACUACUAAAGACACAGAGCUCAUGGGAUAUUCUAUUCCCAGGGGUACAUUGGUCAUCCAGAAUCUGACGUCUGUGCUGAGGGAGGAAGGACAGUGGAAAUAUCCUCAUGAAUUCAACCCUGAAAACUUCCUCAAUGAUCAGGGAGAGUUUGUCAAACCAGAAGCCUUCAUGCCUUUCUCUGCAGGGCCUCGGAUGUGUCUGGGAGAGAGUCUGGCUCGUAUGGAGCUCUUCCUCAUCAUCGUGACUCUGCUGAGGAGGUUUAAGUUCAUCUGGCCUGAAGAUGCAGGAGAACCAGACUUUACUCCAGUCUUUGGUGCCACUUUGACUCCCAAACCUUAUUACAUGAAGGUGCAACAGAGGUUAAAGCAAUGACGUGCUGUGCAGAUGCACACGAGAAACACAAUUCCUGAAAUAAAUCCGCUGGAAUUUACCUUUAAAAAUCAUAAUUACUUGUCUAUGCAGGGCUUUUUUAUGUUCCUAUUAAAAAUUAAUGACAGGGAUGGGAUCACGAAUGUGGUGGGACACAGUUAGGUACAAAAUCUACUUACUACUACUUAAAUUCAUUAUACAGUACCUGGAUUAACAAAAUAUGGAUAUAUAUGUAUAUAUAUAUAUAUAUAUAUAUAUAUAUAUAUAUAUAUAUAUAUAUAUAUACACACUUUUCUUUAAGUUGCGACAUGAUACAGGUGUGUACCGAUUUUGGUGCACGUACGUCAAACCGUAUGGGGGGGCUUGAGGCACAAAGUUUUCUAGGGGGCGCUUUUGAGCCAUUAGGCCACGCCCAUUAAUGCAAACCAUUAAAUAUCAAAUUUUUCGCCAGGCCUGGCUUGCGUGCAAAAUUUGGUGACUUUUGGGGCACGUUUAGGGGGGCAAAAAGGCCCUCAUUUCGUCGGAAAAAUAAAAACGAGAACUCUUACAGAUACAAAAGGGCCUUCGCACUUACAGUGCGAAGGCCCUAAAAAUACAGUAAUAAGUAAAAUCCACAUGAACGUCACAGUCUUUUGUUAGUAUAUCGAUGACAGCUAUCGCCACUCAAAUAAUGCAUUGUUUUAUUUUUUUGGCUUUUAUCCCUUGAAAAAUACUUUGAAGCAGUAGUAGUAGAAGCUGAAAUAUAUUGUAGUUGCCAAAAUAAGCAUCAUGGCACCACUUGUAUCUUCUUGUUUAGAUCGUUGUCAUUAAAUUAGUAUUGUCAAGCGAUUAAAAAAAUUGAGCGAUCCAUUAAUUAGGAUCUGCAAUUAAUUUCUAAUUAAUCUUUUUUAAUCUCACCUAAAAAUUGCUGAGAAAAGCUCUAUGCUUGAGGUGUUUUCCUUUAAAUGUAUAUUUUGAAGCCCAUGGCGUCGUCUGAAAUUCCAUACUUCCACCCUAAUGAGUAUGCAAAAACAGUAUGUGAGAUUUUUUAGUGCGUCCGAAACAUUAGUACAUACUCAAUAGUAUGCACUAUCCAUACUCAUUCCGGAUAAAUUUAUUAAUAUGGAUUGAUGGACACUAGCUAAGCAGAAACCUCCCACAAUGCAAUGCAGCGGUGUUUGGUUGCUAAGUGCUGCGCAGCCGGCCUGGCCCAGCUGGAGGAGGAGAUGGAGCAGGAGGAGAAGCUCGGCCACACGCAGCAGCAUCACGGAGCCGUCCUCAGCACGAAGCAGGCCGUCGUGGAGCCAAGAAGGUGCUGGUGGGAGAGACGCAGCAGUGGAGGGAGGAGAAGUCCUGCCUGCUGGGGAUGAUGUCCGCCCUGCGGGAGGAUCUGCACGGGAAAGAUGUGGAGAUGGAGGAGUCGCUGGAGAGUCUGGUCCUCAUGGUGGAGGAUCUGGAGCAGCAGCUGGAGAACAUGAACAAACCCAAACCAUAGAAGAAGAAGUCUGUCUUCAGGAGGUUCCUGCAGAUCUUCAGGAGAGACUCAUAGACGAGCCCGUUCAUGUAUGUGUGUCUCCUGAGACGGAGAAAACUGUAUAAAUGAUAAGAUUAAACCUUUA